AUGGGCCAAUCUCAGUCAUCUAGAGGUGACAAUUCUGUCAGAAACCAUGGCGGCUCCAACACUGAUUUCUAUCUCAUUUUGGGAGUGGAUCCCCUGGCAGGAGCAGAAGAGAUAAAGAAGGCGUAUCGUAAGAAAGCGCUUGAGCUUCAUCCAGAUAGGAACUACGGCAAUGUGGAAAGCUGUACUGCGCGUUUCGCUGAGGUACAGGCGGCGUACGACGUUCUGUCUGAUCCGCAAGAAAGGGCUUGGUAUGACUCACAUCGAGAUGCAAUUCUUUGCAAUGCCAGCGGCUCCGAGGGAGUGUGUGUGGAUUCUCGAUGGACCCAAACCGAUGAUAUUUUGAAUUUAAUGAUGAGAUUCAAUCCCCAUAUGGAGUUUUCCGACUCCCCUUCAGGCUAUUUUGGUGGUCUUCGAAAAAUAUUCGACCAGUUGGCUCGAGAAGAAUCCGAUGCUUGCACUAUGGACGCCCUGGAACCAAUCGAUUACCCGUCAUUUGGUUAUAAAAAUGACGGGCUCGAGAUAGUGCGCCAGUUUUAUGGAGUAUGGGGUGGGUUUUCUACCAAGAAAUCAUUCUCGUGGAAAGAUGUGUACAGAUAUUCUGAAGCGCCUGACCGACGGGUCCGGAGAUUGAUGGAGAAGGAGAACAAACGUUUAAGAGACGAAUCAAGCCGUGAAUUUAAUGAUGCUAUCAGGUCUUUUGUAACUUUUGUUAAGAAGCGAGAUCCUCGACUUAAGGUGGCUGUUCAAACUGAUAUUGAGCGUCAAAGCUUGCUCAGGGCUUCCGCUGCAAUGCAGGCUGCUCGCUCUCGAUCGGCGAAUGAGGCAAGAUUAGGGGAAUAUUCAGUCCCAAAAUGGGCUCAACGGGAGGACCUGGAGGAAGAUUUAUUCAGCACAGAACCCGAGACCGAUCGGUGUCACUUUGACUGUGUGGUUUGCCACAAAACAUUUAAGAGUGAAAAGCAAUUCGAGGCCCAUGAGCGGAGCAAAAAACAUGCUAAAGCAUUAAAACAACUUCGCUACGAGAUGGAGAUCGAAGAUGAACACUUCCGAAUAGAUCAUUCUGACCCUCAAAGCGCUGACAACCUGCAAUCUAAAGAGGCCGGAAUUCCAUCGUCCGCUCACAGCGGUGCUGACCACAAUAGCGUGAUGGCCGCCGUGGACGGCUUUAGCAGACAGGCGUCUACAAAUCUCCAGUGUUUUGGUGUGGGAACAAUGUCAGCCGCUGCGGAACAGGCUGAAGAUUCAAAAUCCACACCCAGAGAAGCUGUUCAACAGCACCCCAUCGAUAGCCCCUUGGAACGCAUUGACCAUGGCCUAGUGGAUCAAAUUAGCCCAUCCUCUGCGGAUUCUUCCGUCUCCGAUGCUGGUUUGACACCUGCAUUUCCUGAGAAGAUUGGGAAAGCAAAACAAAAACGUGCCAAAAAAGCUAUCCAACAUCAAGCUCAACAAGCCUCGUUUAUUUGUGCAACUUGUGGAUGCUUAUUUCCAUCUCGAAACAAGUUAUUUUAUCAUCUUGAUAAGGAAAACCAUGCCCUUUCUUCAGGGAAAUCUCGUCCACAAGGAAAGAGGUCGGGGGGAAGAACCCCAAAGGCUUAG